AUGGGCGAUAACGGCAAUCCGAACAUGGCUGCUCAGUUGCAGCAACUCCAACAGCAGAUAGAGCAGAUGCGGAAGGCUCAACAAGAUAGAGAACCGCAACCACGUGCUGCAUUGGAGACAAGGACAACCCGCAUACCUUUCUAUCAAAACCGGUCUGCGAUUGUUCCUCCAGCCGUUCAGAGGCAAGACUUUGAGAUCAAGCCGAGCAUGAUCGCUCUAGUCAAGGAUCACCUCUUCCAUGGACUACCUGCUGAGGUUCCAAUGGACCAUAUCGAGAACUUUGAGGAGAUAUGCAGUACGACUAGCUCGAAUGGAGUACCAGCUGACUUUCUGAAGUGCAAGCUAUUCCCGUUCUCACUUGCCAACAAAGCAUCUCGCUGGCUGAAGUCAUUACCACCUGGGUCUUUGACUUCAUGGGCCCAAUGUAGAGCGGCGUUUCUGGACCAUUUCUACACGAAGUCCAAAACUGCAGGUCUGAGGACUAAGAUCUCAUCUUUCCAGCAGUAUGAAGGUGAAGCUUUCUGCGAAGCAUGGGAAAGAUACAGAGAGUACCGAAGAGAGUGUCCUCAUCAUGGAUACUCUGAUGAGCAAAUCCUGAGCAUCUUCUAUGACGGAGUCAACUGGGACUACAGAACGCUUUGA